GAGCAGUUUCUCUGAUUAACAAAACAGCCUAAUUUUCUGGUAGCUUUAUUGUUUGAGAAUUCGUGCCGACGGCAUACACCAAGGUCAACGCUAAUAUUUCAGAUUUGGGCCUUACGUUGGUGAUUUAUAUUAAAAAUAUCAUCCUUACAUUAGUAGAGUUCGAUUACUCGGCGAUCUGGGUGCCAACCUGCGGAGUUAGCCUGGUUAGCCGUUAGCUGGAUGCGCAGCAGCAGAGUGCCGUCUGGCAGCUAUCAAACCAUCGGACCAAUGUCUAAUAAAUUAACCUGGAUUUGUUUUACCUCGUUGGAGACGAACGUUGGCCGCUAAUCUUCACGGAGCCUGCCCAGCCGUGUGACCCGAACACGCGGAUGUUUCUGUCUGACGGUUUAUUGUUCAGCGGCUAACCGAAGCUAGCCUGUUAGCAGCUAACCCAUUAGCAGCUGAUGUGAAGCCUGGCUUCUGCAUGGCGACAACAGACUGACGGCAACAGGAGAGAGCAGCCAAUCAGCUGAGGCCCGCCCCUUAGCAACAUGGCGUCCCGUCAGAGGAACUCGGUCCGGAUCCUGUCGAGCCGGGAGCGGGGAUCCCAGACGUUCGGCUCGCAGCGGCUUCUGCAGCUGCUGGUGGAGGAGAAGGUCCGCUGGAUGAAAUGGCAGAGUCAGAAAGUGGAGCUUCCAGACAGCCCUCGAUCAACGUUCCUGCUGGCCUUCAGCCCGGACAGGUCUUUAAUGGCCUCCACACACGUCAACCACAACAUCUACAUAACGGAGGUGAAGACUGGAAAGUGCCUCCAUUCCUUAGUGGGCCACCGAAGAACCCCCUGGUGUGUGACCUUUCACCCCACCAUUCCUGGCUUGGUGGCUUCUGGGUGCCUUGAUGGGGAAGUCCGCAUUUGGGACCUGCAUGGCGGCAGUGAGAACUGGUUUACGGAGAGCAACGUGGCCAUCGCCUCUCUGGCCUUCCACCCGACCGCCCAGCUCCUCCUGAUCGCCACCAACAACGAGCUUCACUUCUGGGACUGGAGCCGCCCGGAGCCGUUCGCCGUGGUCAAGACGGGCAGCGACAUGGAACGAGUGAGGUUGGUGAGAUUUGAUCCUCUGGGUCACAACCUGCUCACCGCGAUUGUGAAUCCGUCCAAUCAGCAGAAUGAGGAAGACUCUGAGGUCCCGAUGGACAGCGUGGAGAUGCCUCACUUCCGCCAGCGCUCCUUCCUGCCUUCCCAGCCGGUUCGCCGGACGCCAAUCCUCCACAACUUCCUGCACAUCUUGUCAUCUUCUCGUUCCCCGGGACCCAACGUUGGAGCCGAGCAGCAGCCGCCGCCGCCGCCGCGGCCCGUAAGCGAUGGCGGCAGCGGAGACAGCGAAUCGCCCGGCGGUCCAAGCGGGCCCUCGCUCCCCGGCUGCACCCAGCACCUGGGCAUGAUGUGCAUCUGCACCCGCUGCUCCGUCAGCCGGAAGCGCUGCCUGCAGACCGGCGCCUCCACAACGACACCGUCGGUUUCCACGGAGACGCCAACGCUCUCCAUGGCCUCCACCUUCUCUUCGGCCCGCACGGAGCCGCGGCAGCCCUCGGAGCGGCCGUCCGCCUUCACCUCCGUCUAUUACAGCGCCGGCGCCUCCCUGAACCCCAUCAUGCCGAACAUUAUGGAGCCGCUGGGCUCGGCUCGGCCCGGCCCGGAUUGGACCCGCAGCCUGCUGAACAUGCGGGACAGUGCGGCCGGCCCCGCCAUGCUUCCUCCCAGAACCUCCUCCUCUUCCUCUGUCAGCCUGCUGUCGGUGCUCCGCCAGCAGGAUGGCUCGUCCCAGUCGCCGCUCUACACCUCGGCCUCCGAGGGGCGGGGCUUCCCCCAGCAGGGGGAGCCGGGGAGCCGGGACGGCGCCGGUACGAGCAGCGGCCACCACCCGUUCUGGGACGGCGGCCGCGGCUCCUCGGCCUCCUUCCGGAACGUUCUGCAGUGCAACCUGAGCCGCUACUUCCUGGAGAUCGACCGCAUUGACAUCGAUCCGUCGCUGGGCGGCAGCAUCGCCGAUGGCAACCAGGAGCCGAGCCAAGAGCUGCUAAACAACAACAUGGACCCGGACCGGCCGGGCCAGUCCUCCUCUUCCUCACCAACCAUCAUCCACUACCAGCCGCCAGCACCGCCGCCCGCCGCCCACAGCCUAGAGAACAACGUGCCGCCACCACCGCCGACCUCCAGGGGGCACCACCUGAAUCGCUGCCGGGCCUGCCACAACCUGCUCACCUUCAACCAGGACUCCCAGCGCUGGGAGCGCACGCACCAGACGUCCUCCACCACCUCCUCCUCUUCCUCGCUGGAUCCUCCCUCUUCUUCCUCCUCCUUCCCCUCGCCUGCCGCCGCCUGGCAGCCGGAGGAGAGCAGCAGGACGCUGGAGACCCAGGAGAGGGAGAGGAGGGCGGCGCCAGAGACCAGCGAGCAGCCGCCUCUUCCUCCAGGAGGAGGAGCGGUGACGUUCCCGCUGGCGCCGCCGCCCAGCCAGGCCGCCGAACAGACAGUGGGCCUGGUGUACAACCAGGACACGGCGCAAUGGGAGAGGGUGUACCGGCAGGCCACCGCCAGCCGGGCCGUCGAGCCGCCAGAGGCCUUAAGCCAAGAAAUGCCUGUUGACCCGCCGGACGAGGAUUCCCUGAGGAGGCGGCUGCUGGAGUCAUCCCUGCUGUCGUUGUCUCGAUACGACAUGUCCGGGUCCAGAGACCAUCCCAUCUACCCAGACCCGGCCAGGCUUUCUCCUGCAGCCUACUACGCUCAGAGGAUGAUCCAGUAUCUGUCCAGGAGGGACAGCAUCCGUCAGCGCUCCCUUCGGUACCAGCAGAACCACCGCAUGCGGACCAUGUCCACGUCCUCUGAUAGCCCCACCCCCAACCCGUCCAGCACCAUGGACAACAGCGACGUUGACUUCGAGGAGCUGGAUGAUAACGGAGACAGAGCGAGACACAGGACACCACGGAACGCCAGGAUGUCGGCUCCGUCGCUGGGGCGAUUUGUCCCACGCCGCUUCCUCCUCCCGGAGUAUCUGCCGUACGCCGGGAUCUUCCACGAACGAGGACAGCCGGGUCUGGCUACACACUCGUCUGUCAACAGAGUUCUCGCUGGAGCCUCUAUUGGCGAAGGUCAGUCUGCGGUCGCCAGCAACAUCGCCAACACGACGUACCGCCUGCAGUGGUGGGACUUCACCAAGUUUGACCUCCCAGAGAUCAGUAACGCCUCGGUCAACGUUUUGGUGCCAAACUGUAAAAUCUACAACGACGCCAGCUGCGACAUCUCCGCAGACGGUCAGCUGCUCGCGGUCUUCAUUCCCAGCAGUCAGCGGGGUUUUCCUGACGAGGGCAUCUUGGCCAUCUACUCUCUGGCGCCGCACAACCUGGGAGAAAUGCUCUACACCAAGAGAUUUGGUCCCAACGCCAUCUCCGUCAGCCUGUCCCCCAUGGGAUGCUAUGUCAUGGUGGGCCUGGCGUCUCGCAGAAUCCUGCUACAUCCCUCCACUGACCACAUGGUGGCGCAGGUGUUCCGCCUGCAGCAGCCGCACGGUGGAGAGACAUCCAUGAGGAUGGUCUUUAACGUGGUUUACCCCAUGGCUCCGGACCAGAGACGCCACGUCAGCAUCAACUCGGCCCGGUGGCUGCCGGACCCGGCCAUGGGUCUGGCCUACGGCACCAACAAGGGAGACCUCGUGAUCUGCCGGCCCGUGUUCUACAGAAGCGACGGUGAGAGUCCCACCGAGCCCAGCAGCGAACCGCUGUUCUCCGUCAACAACAGCGGAACCAGCCGGACACGAGGUUCUGACAGACCAGGACCAAACCGCUCCGGCUGGAGGCUCGACAGAGACAUGGGACUGAUGAACGCCAUUGGUCUGCAGCCCAGAAACCCCGCCCCCUCAGUGACAUCACAGGGAACGCAGACGCCGAUCGUCCAGCUGCAGAACGCCGAGACGCAGACGGAGAGAGAGCUGCCGGAGCCCGGCGCGUCGCAGCAGCGCCCCAGCGCUGAAGCUCCAUCUACGAGUCGAGCCGCUCAAGCGCCUCCAGAGGUACCAGAGAGCAGCGCCGGCCAAGAUGGAGUCCGGACCGAAACGUCCACCGAGUCGGGCGGCCUGGCAGCCGGUCCGGCCGAGUCCGCCGAGUUUGGUUCCGGAGAGGACGCCCUGGCCCGGAUCCGGCGGCUGAUCGCCGAGGGCGGCAUGACGGCCGUGGUGCAGCGGGAGCAGAGCACCACCAUGGCGUCCAUGGGCGGCUUCGGCAACAACAUCAUCGUCAGCCACCGCAUCCACCGGGGCUCCCAGACGGGCCCCGGGGCCUCCAGGGCCCCCGCCGACCCGCCCCUCCUCGUCCCCCAGCCCUUCCCGCUCCGCCCCCUGCCGGCCGCCGACCGUCUCUCCCCCAUGUGGGGCCCCCAGGUGCUGCGGGGCCCGGCGCCAUCGGGGCUCUCCGUGGCGGUGGACAUGGACGACGUCUUUGACGGCGGACGGAAUGACGACGACGACUCGCUGCCCGGACCUUCCUCCUCCUCCUCCCUGCUGCUGUCCCCCCCUUCUUCCUCCUCCUCAUCCUCUCACAGCCCGUUGCCCGGCAACGGAGGCAGGCCUAACAGUUACCCUGGUGACCCGUACAGCAGGUAGUGCUCUGAUUGGCCCAGAGGAGUAGAGUCCGGCGUGCUGCUUAAAGCCUUAACUCUCGCAGAAACAGGUGCUGCUUUGACACUGAAGGCCCCUUCCUCACCCUGCCUCACUCCUCUUCCUCACCCCUCUUCCUCACUCCUCUUCCUCACCCCUCUUCUUCACUCCUCUUCCUCACCCGUCACUCGUUUCCCUCCGCACUUUUCGAUCCAGGCUGAAGCUGAACUGCGAUCAUUCCUCCCCAACUUCUCCGCUUCGAAGUGCCAACUCUGAGGCGGCGAUGAUGAGGAAGAGGCGGCCGCUCACCUUCCUCACAGAUUGUCCGCCGCGCUCGGCGCCGUGUGACGUAGAGGCUUAAAGCGGAGACUGAAGUGUCCAGUGCCGAGUUUUUGUUGUUCACGACUCUUUGGAUUUUGGUUUGGGGAGGAAAGUGGGAGUGGGGAAGUGAGUGGGGUCAAAGGUUAUGCGUAGACACUCCUGACUGCAGACUGAUUGGACAGAUGAGACUGAAUCUGCUGCGGAUCAUGGAAAAAAAACCCUAAAAAUUUUGUUUUCUUUUUCAAAAGAAGGAGAGCAAUCGUUUUCCCGCCAACGGGGGAAACCACAGGACUGUUGAAGCCCCGCCCCCCCAUCCUUCUUAAAACCCAGUUGCACUACGGUGUGUUUUGGUGCUACAUGAGCCUGAACAGAAGUGUGUGUGCGCGUGUGUGUGAUUUUAAUGAAUGACUGAUUUCAUCCAUCAUGUCUGUUUGUUCACGGUUCUGUUCCAGAAUCCGGUUCGUCAUCCAGACGAAACCGAGUCAAAAUCCACAGCAGGAUAUCAAAGCCAGGCUAAUAAAAAAAUUAAAAUUACAGGAAUAGUGUUGUAACAUUAUGAGAAUAAAGCUGCAGUGUCAUAACUUUAUUCUCAUAGGACCAGACUAGGUGAGAGAAACAAGCCCAUACCCGAAAAGUCGCAAUAUUGUGAGAAAAAAGUUGUAAUAUUACUGAAAGUUGUAGAAGAAUAAACCCUUAAUAUUACAAAUAAUUACCAUGUGCGUUACUAUAACUGUCUACUACGACAGAUAAUGCUACUAUGGCGUUAUCUGUCGUAGUAGAGCGACUUUAGAGAAUCAUAUUACAAGAACUUAUUCUCGCAUUAUGACUUUAUUCUCGUUAUAUUACAGUUUUAUUCUCUUGUUACGACUUUAUUCUUGCGAUAAUUUGAAUUUAUUCCUGUAAUAUUGCAAACUUUUUCUCACUAACCCAUCACUGAAUUGUUUUUUCUUAUCCUGGCCCUGAUUCUACAUCAUAAAACUCAUCUAGAGUCCUAGCAGAACCUCAUCAGGAGCAGAACCGCAGACCCGGUCCAGGAAGGUCUGUAUCAGGAGCAGAAUUGGAGCAUAACUGCUGAUCGGAUCCGGGUUGAAAACUCGACUUCUGUCUCCUUUUAAAAAAUUACUCCUAACAAAUCCUGUGUCCUGUGAACCGGGCUCUGGUUCCGGACCGGGUUUGUUUUUGAGUCAGAACUUUCAAAGGCCCAAUCAGGUUUCGUUUCCCGCCCUCUGAGAGCCGGCCAAUCUAAUCAUGGACUGACUUUGUUCCUGAUCAUGUGACUGAUCCGGUUGUUUCUGCAAAGCAGCGCUGAGUUCUCCUCCUCAGCAUCCGGUUCCGACCCAAUCAGGACUGUGCUGCAGGAAAUCCGUUCACGGCAGCAUCUUCCAGCGGUUCUGAUGGACUCUGGACGUAAACAGGAUUACAACCAGAACUUCUCCUGAAUUGAUCCCACCGAGCCGGCUGGUGUCGUCAGUGUUCAAACUGAACUUGGACUGUUGAAGUUCUGGUUCUAAUCGGAUUGGAGCACCAGCCGAAGCUCUAAGCGUUUACCAGCUGAUCUGGAGUCAGAUUCAACGUAAGAAACUGGAGAAGUGCCCUCAAAGCAUCAUGGGAUUUGGAGUUCAGUUCAUUGAAAUUAGAGCAACUUAACGCCUCCAGGCCUUCAUCCUCUUCCUCCUCUGCUGUAUUUUGGUACAUGUGACGUUCGGUACUGAUCCGCGUGAUAGUUAACAUGCCUGUUACCAGGGCGACAGCAGAACCUCCUGAGCUGACUUGAUUGGUGAACGAUUUGGACCCAGUUUCUCUGUGUGUGUGCGUGUGUGUGUGUGUGUGUGUGUGUGUGUGUGUGUGUGUGUGUGUGUGUGUGUGUGUGUGUGUGUGUGUGUGUGUGUGUGUGUUCAGGUUGCGGAGGGAUGAGUGUAAACGCUGAACGGUUCUGCUGUGUCAGGAUCCCACUGUGGAGUUCGGACGGCUCCGACGCGACUCUUUGACUUUUAGACGUGAUGUAAUUAAAGAGCUUUGAGAGUUUCUCUGUGA